AUGGGUGACUCUUCCCUCUUCAACUUGGACUUGGAGGGGGACCUCCCCGAAUACCGCGAGAUGGAGGAAAUGGACCAGAACUACCCUGACUCCAGGAUCUAUGGUCAACCCAGCGCACAAUUUGAUCAAUCUCACUUGACUCCUCGCCCGUAUGCUUUCUCAGGGCCAUUCGACCACCACUUCCCUCCCACCCCAGUCGGCACCAGUAUGGAGUCCGCACAUGGACAAAUGGGCUUCGACAAUGGGACCAUCGGACACGGCCUGGGGCCAAUGAUGGGCUACCAGAGCCCUCAGCCUUACAACGUCGACUACACAACGCCCAGCGGUGUACAACUACCCACCGGCUCCAUACAGGGCAAAACGACAUCUGAGGAGGACGCAGCCGCGCUCACCUCUCAAAUGAACCAAUGGUUUAAGCUUAUCCGCGAAUCCGUUACCCGCCUUAGUGGUGACCGAGAGCAGCUAUUCCAGAUCCGCCAGAGAUUCCACGAAGGCUUCUGUGACAUCAACAAGCUAUUCGACGAAUAUCUUGGAGUUACGGAUGCGUACCCGAGCAGCGAUGACAGCAGCUCAGAUACUCCCCGAUCCCUCCAGAACAACUCGAAAAAAGUGUUUAGUUGCGGCUUGUGCGGGGGUAAAUUGAUGAACCGAGGCACCUUUCAGAGACACGUUAUUCAUAAGCACAAGGCCCCCGCGGUUUAUAAGUGCCCCUAUUGCCCACUGGAGAUGUUCCCCAGAAGAGACAAGGCCACCAGCCACAUUGACGGCCAUAGCCGCGUGAAGCACCAGAAAGACGCGAUCACUCAAUUCAAGGUUAAAGUGCCCGGACCAUUCCAAUGUGAUUAUUGCAAGAUUGAGUAUGACACCUGGGAUGGGUACUGGGUGUGCUUUCAAAGCCAUAGCCAAGUCAUCGGCGGAGUCACUCGGCCACGCCACAAUGGGCAUAACGGGGGAGGUGGCAACUAUGGUGGUGGCGCUUCCGGUGCGGGUGCGAGCGGUGCUUUUGGAGGCCAGAUUCCUGGAAGCUUGGGUGGAACAGGACACCAACACUCCCACCAAGGACAUGGGGCAUAUCAACCCGGCGGUUACUCCGGGUAUUCUGGAUACAACCGCCAUCAUGGAGCUAGUGUCCAGGACGGUGAGAGCCCCCUUUCGGAGUCGCCUUGUCUUUCCACCCCAUGCAGCGAAGCGUCGAGCCCGGAGCCACCGACCCUGCUCAGUGACCUCACUGAGCUUUUGCCCAGCGUGAAGAGAGUUCAUCCGCCGCCUCCGAAGAAUAUGGAAUCUACCCUGACUCGCGCUCUUCAUGCACGCCACUCUUCCGCUCCAGCCCUUGCCCGUGAGACCCGUCCCGAUGAACUAGGACUCAUCCCGAAGGACCCAGACCAUUCUCCUCGUGAUGUGAACGACGGUCCCAGGGACAGCUGCAAGUCAUGUGGCCACCUGUUCAAGGGAUGUGACAGGUGUCGAACGCAGAAGCACGUCGUUGACAGAUGUCACGCCUGUGCUGACAAGACAUGUUCGCUCCCACAACCUGCCCCUUUGCGGAUUGAAAUUCCUCGCAGUCGUCUCCUUUCCAAAGAUGCAUCAACAAAUCUGUGGGAAAGCUCCUCUCUAUCUUCGGAGCAGGAUGACACGUCCUUAUUCGAUGAGCUCCAGCAUGAACACUUGGAUAAUGGUCCGUGUGGUACAGCAUUCACCGAAGAUCUCUCGGGAAAAUGGAAGAUCAACAACGACGCAAUGCAAGAGUGGAUUCGCAAACCCGCAGAGCUUGACUUCCUCAAAGAUUUUGCUACAAGAGACCAUGGCUCCAGAAGCGACCUGUCAUGCUUCACUCGCAUCCUUUCUGAAGCUGGGGUAGGAUGGUCCUUCACCGCUAGGACCUGGGCAAGAGAGUAUGGAGUCCCCUCUAAAGACUCCAAGUUGAUCUCGAGCAGAAUAACCCGUCGGCCGAGCACGAUGUCCCUCAAGCUAGCUGAAGGGGGCAUCUUGAUAGCAAUCUGUGAGAUGGAAUUCCGGCCAUUCUUGGCCAAGGGGGUGGUUUCAGGCAGCCUGUAUCGCAGUGCGAUGCUUUGCGACCCAGGACUUCGCAUAAUGUUGCCGUUUUUGGGAUUCUAUGGAUUGGGAUCCAAGGCAGACCUCUUCACCAAAGGCCGCAACAUGAUCCCAAACAUCGCUCUCCAAGGGACUUCCUUCAUCGCCAAGCAGAUGCAGAGCGAACACCACGAUGCCCCGAUCUUACGUGAUGCAGCGUCCACUGCUGCAAAGGCAGUGUCGCGCAAGCGCUCUGCUCGAUUGCGGAAGAAGCUUCAGGCCGUUGCUCGAGUACUUGCACGAUAUGCGUCGGUUGCCAAUGCAGCCCCGGGGACUGAUAAGCAAGCGAUUGCAUGCAACAGCAACUUCGACUCGAAGUCCACCACCCCAAGUGGUGAGGUGACCAGAGUCGGCGACGGCAGCGCUGGGCCUGAUUCGCAGGCCUUGCUUGAACGAAUCUGCGAGAUCAUUUCCUUCAUCAAUACUGGCAUGACCGACAUGUUUGCAUCCCCGGAAUAUACGUUUUUGGAUUGUGAUGAUGACGAUGAUGAUAAUGGAAUGCGGUGGGUAAUGGCGUUCUUUUGGCAAUUCUUGAUUGCUAUCCUGAGAAUGCGGAAUGGCUCGCUCAUCGCGACAGACGUUGUUGCCUGUACUUGA